AUGUCCCAGUCGAAGGGGUCCACGUUGAACUCCAACUGGCAGGGUUAUCCACGAGUUGUCUAUGAUCUGUUGCCUCGGCAACAGAAGAACGCCUCUUUCAUCGUCCUCUUCGACAUGGCCUCGGCGAUGCCGCGUUUCCUUUUGGCCCACAGAGCCGUGCGUCAGCACUACCACGAGUUGACCUACGAAGAGAGGCUUGAUCUCGUCCGAGCUGCCACCGCGAUGGUCGAACACGGCGGCUUCACGUCUGCCAGCCUGUCUCUUCCGCUCGUACCAACCAAAUCGGGUUCAUCUUCGCCAAGCGCUUCGGCCGACCGCGAGGCUCCAGCGACGCGCCGGCGAGGCGGCUUAGGUCGCUUGAUCGGCGUGGCGCGUUAUCCGCCCCUGGAAACGUUCACAGCCAUCCUGACGGUGCCGGAGAUCUACCAGUUCAUGGAGGUUUAUAAGCGCAACUACAGCAGCAUACCACUUUGGCCAAGUCAUCGUUGGGUGACUGAGUUUUGGACGGUAUCCAAGGACUCCACGGCAGACAUUAAAGACUAUCCGCGAAGUGUAUUGGCCGCCCAAACGCACCAAGAAUGGCUGACGCCAGAAAUGGUAUUGCCGCGAUCGACGCCAAUUCGUCGAGUAUACUCAUCGAAAGGGCGGCGAAUGCGGACACGGCCAUCGGUACGUCGCCAUUAA